AUGUAUGUUAGAGAGAAGGACAAAUUGAAACAAGAAUUGGCUAAAAUUUCUAACAGAGUAUGUUUGACUUCUGAUUGUUGGACAUCAUCUACUUCUGAGGGAUACAUUUGUUUGACGGAUCAAUUUGUUGAUGAAAAUUGGAAGUUGAAUUGUAAAAUUCUAAACUUUUGUCGUAUGUAUCCUCCUCACACUGAAGUUGAAAUGGCUGCUGUUAUAUACGACUGCUUGAAAGAAUGGAAUAUAGAUAAGAAGGUUUUUUCUAGUCUACAUUUACAUGAUAGAAAUUAUACUCACUGUCCUACAUUUGAUCAAUGGAGAAGGGCUGAAAAAAUAUUUGAAGUCUUGGAGCCAUUUCAUGAGAUAACAAAUUUGAUUUCUGCUUCAAGUUAUCCAACCUCUAACUUGUAUUUUACGCAAAUUUGGAGAAUUGAAUGCAUGCUCAAAGAGAAAUUGAAUAAUGAAGAUAAAGUUAUUGAGGAUAUGGCUUCAAAGAUGCAUGUGAAGUUUGAAAAAUACUGGAAGCAAUAUAGUGUAGUACUUGCAUUUGGAGCAGUUCUUGACCCCCGCAUGAAAUUACAGUUUAGAUGGAACUCGACAUAUUUGAUGCUUGAAAGUGCUCUCCCAUAUGAAAAGGUUUUUUCUAGUCUACAUUUACAUGAUAGCAAUUAUACUCACUGUCCUACAUUUGAUCAAUGGAGAAGGGCUGAAAAAAUAUUUGAAGUCUUGGAGCCAUUUCAUAAGAUAACAAAUUUGAUUUCUGCUUCAAGUUAUCCAACCUCUAACUUGUAUUUUACGCAAAUUUGGAAAAUUGAAUGCAUGCUCAAAGAGAAGUUGAAUAAUGAAGAUAAAGUUAUUGAGGAUAUGGCUUCAAUGAUGCAUGUGAAGUUUGAAAAAUACUGGAAGCAAUAUAGUGUAGUACUUGCAUUUGGAGCAGUUCUUGACCCCCGCAUGAAAUUACAGUUUUAA